AUGAGCAAAGUCAACCGUGCUCGUAAAUGCUUCGAUCGCACGGUGGCCAGGCUCAAAACAGACAACAAGUACGACAAGCUUUACACAGAUUUCAUGAAUGAGUAUUUGAGUCUUGGCCAUACGCGACCGAUGCCUGCAGAUGAGCUCAACAUCAAGCCUCAUUUUUAUCUCCCUCAUCACGGCGUAUUGAAGGAAGAUGGAGACAACGCCAAAAUCAGGGUGGUUUUAAAUGGAUCAGCCCUUACUUCCUCUGGACAUUCACUCAACAGCAUAACUCCCACGGGACCUAAUCUACUGCCCAACAUAACAGAUAUACUCUUCUGGUUACGCACCUUUAAAUGGACUUUCUCUGCGGACAUCUCCAAGAUGUAUCGUCAGAUCAAGGUUCAUCCAGACGAUUGGAAUCUUCAGCGAAUCAUCUGGCAUAGCAAAACUCACGAGGAAGCUCACUUCCAGCUUACCACAGUGACCUACGGGACAAGGCCUGCUCCAUUUCUGGCCACACGCUCACUGCUGCAGCUGGUGAAAGAUGAAUGGCACCGUUACCCCCAGGCGGCCCGGAUUCUCACCAGUGGCAGAUAUGUAGACGAAAUUUUUGGUGGAGCGGAGACUCCAGAUGAGUUGAACGAGCAGGCCCUCCAACUCAAGGNUUUUCAAAAUGUCUAA